CUGGUCUUAGUGUUGCCUGGAGGCACUGAGAAGUUUUACGGCUUUCCUAGGAUAAGAAUCAGUGUUUGCCAGAGACAGAAGCAGAGUCCAAGGCUUCCUCAAUCUGAGGCUGCCCUCUAUCCACUCUGGCACACUGUCUCUUUACUUCUAGGAAAUUUGCGUCUGUGGUACAAAUGGAAAUAACCGUUCUUUGUCAUCCUGACAAGGAGACUGAAAUCGUUUUCAUCUUUUUUCCAAGAGGAAUCUGGAGGCUUUGCGCUAGUUUCCAUUCGGAAACCGAACUGGCAAUCAGACUGAGAAGAGCAUCUGAGUCGCUGGAGGAGUUCUGAGCUCGGAAGUAUGACACCAAGCUCGAGCAAGUGUUUGCACAGGGUUUGAAGUCUCAGCCCUGAAGGGUGUGGCUUCACAAGGACUGCUUCUGGCUUGGGAUCAGACUGGGAACCAGGUCGAUCCAUGAGCGCAUGCAUCCUCUCCUUCUCCUUCUCCUUCUCCCCCUCCCCCUCCUUUGAGUCCCUGCUCGGAGCUGACUCCUCCCUCCUGCAGCAGCAGCAGUAGCAGCAGCAGCAGCAGCAGCAGCAGCUUGGUUCAAAGACAGAGCCUCUCAUUCUGUGCUCUUUCUCUCGCUGAGCCAGCAGGGUUGAAAUGUACCUGAGGAUUUGCCUUCUUUCCUGACCCAGCUGUCAAGCAAGGCUCUUCUUGAACUACUCUCCAAAGUGAAUGGAGUUUGAGUAUUCUGAGAAACCAAUGAAACUGUCUGGCGGCAUGGAAAGGAAUAGCACAGGAUCCAAGAGGAAUUGCUUUCUUGUCUGAAACUUGUGGGCUGGGGAUCUUGGAGUUUGAGUGUGCUUUGCUUUCUUUUGAAUGGAGGGUGGGAGUUUUCUCUUAAUAAGCAGUUCAGUGGACCCCGAUUUUUACAAUGUGGGUGGCAAACAUACAGGACAUGUGCCUGACCCUGUCCUGAAGAACUGACCAGAGAGAUCAUCUAGAAAGACAGAAAAGCAAUUUGGUGGGAGCCAAGAAAAGCCCCACUUGGCAAUUACUAGUCAUGUCUCGCCUGGUGAAAACUUGCAGAGUCAUUGAUAAGGACAACUGAGUGCCAUUCCGGGACAAUGUCUCUGAUGCCCAGUAACUUUUCCAUGAAUGGGACUAGUCCAGGGAUGGAGAGCCCUAUUAAGGACACGACUCCCAACCGAUCAAGACCGUUAACGGUUUUCUUCCUCUGCUUAACAUUUGUGAUGACUAUCACAGCGCUGGUGGGAAGCAUUUAUUCCUUAGCUUCCCUGCUGAAAAUGCCCAACAAGACCGUGCUCUCCAUGAUGGUGGCCUCUUGGUCGGUGGACGACCUGAUCAGUGUCCUGCCCAUGAUCAUCUUCCUCUUUCUGCAGUGGCCAAAAGACAGUCCCGAGGACUCCCAGCCCCUGUGCGCCACGUCGGCCUUUCUCUACCUCUUCCAGGGCAUCUCUAGCAACCUCAAGGCAUCAGUUAUAGUUUCCUACAACUUUUAUACGCUACACAGAAGUGUGGCGAGCCCUGGCGCGGCCGGCCAGCCUCGUGCUCUUCUGGGCACUCUGCUCGCCAUCUGGGUGGCCAGCCUUCUCCUGUGCACUCUCCCCCUCUGGGGCUGGGGUGCCUUCGUUCGCACGCCUUGGGGGUGUCUAGCGGACCGGAACAGCUCCCUGCUGCUGUUUAUUGUCUACUCGCUCAGCUUCUGCGUUCUGGCCGGAUUCUCUGUCCCGCUCACUUACCAGCUGCUGUGUUCCGACCAGCUGCCUAGAUUUCGAGUCAAUUACCAGGAAAUCUCCCGCGGAGGAGGCUUCACGCCGUGCACCCCUCCGACCCGGGGCGGUGCCCUCCCCAGCACCCCAGAGGAUCCCCAAGUCUCCACGGUGCAAUACUAUAGGGGAGCGGGACGCACCCUAAGCUCAGAGGCUGCCUUUGCCCUGGGUCUGCCCGGAGGGCAGGGGCCCAGGACAGGGACCGAGGCAGGGGCCAGAGGCUGCAGGCGGCCUGAGCAGGAGCAGGGGGGCGUCCAGCGCGGCAGCCGAAGCUUCACCGUGAGCAUAGCCCAGAAGCGAUUUUCCUUGAUUCUGGCGCUGACCAAGGUCGUCCUUUGGCUUCCAAUGAUGAUCCACAUGGUGGCCCGGAGCACCCCGGAGUUCCAGAGUCUCCCCUUCGAGCUCUUCAGCUUUUUGUUGACUUCCCUGGCAGCCACCGUGACCCCAGUGUUCGUCUUGUCUGAACGCUGGACCCACCUGCCCUGUGGCUGCAUCAUUAACUGCCCGCAGAACACCUAUGCUGUGACUUCCGAGGAGACCAAAACUAAAAGGAAAGGCUUUGAAUUCAAUUUAUCAUUCCAACACAGUUAUGGCAUUUAUAGGAUAGCCCAUGACAAUCACUAUGAUGAAGAUGAUGAUGAAAACUCCAUAGCAUAUCAUAACUUGAUGGACUAUGAAUGUGGACCCCUAAGAGAGACACAGAAAGAUGCCAGCAGCUUCCUCCAUGCUAUAAAAGUAGAAUUCAGCACCACACCUUCUCAGGACAGCUCCAUACUUCCAGAUAUCAGCAAAAGCACAAAUACAGUUAGCCCUGAAACAAAUCAGGACUUUGACAGAGACAAGGGCAUUGAUCAGCUGCUGACUGACAAGACAACGGUGUUUGUGACAGAAGAUACCAGAAACUAUGAAAAAUCUACCUUUUUGGAUGGGCCAGAAAGAAGGCUUUCCCAUGAGGAGAGUCACAAACCAGAACUUUCAGACUGGGAAUGGUGCAGAAGCAAAUCUGAAAGAACUCCUCGUCAGAAAUCUGGUGGAGCUCUCGCCAUUCCUUUGUGUGCAUUUCAAGGGACUGUGUCUCUUCACGCCCCCACAGGGAAGACCUUGUCUCUCUCCACCUAUGAGGUGAGCGCCGAAGGGCAAAAAAUAACCCCGGCAGCCAAGAAAAUCGAAGUCUAUCGAUCCAAGAGCGUGGGCCACGAGCCAAACCCCGAGGAUUCGCCCACCACUUUCCCGGACACCAGUGUCAAGAUCCACUUGGAAGUGUUGGAAAUCUGUGACAAUGAAGAAGCAAUGGACACCGUGUCCAUCAUCAGCAACAUCAGCCAGUCCUCCACCCAAGUCAGGUCUCCAUCUCUACGCUACUCCCGGAAAGAAAACCGAUUCGUUUCCUGUGAUUUGGGGGAGACCGCCUCUUACUCCCUCUUCAUUCCCACAAACAAUCCUGACAGCGACAUCAAUAUCUCCAUUCCGGACACCGUGGAGGCGCACAGGAAGAACAGUCAGAAGCAGCAUCUGGAAAGAGAUGGUUAUCAGGAAGAAAUACAGUUGCUAAAUAAAGCGUACCGGAAAAGGGAAGAAGAGGGCAGUGGAAGCUAAGAGCUGUCCAGGGUACAGAAAACUGACUACUAAGGCAAUGACUUUCGUAGCUGGUUUGGGUUCUACUUUUAAGUCCCAUACAUAGUUUUCAGGCAUUAUUUUUACCCCUUGGAAACAGCCCUUUGUAGAUAAAGGGAGCCAAAUGGGUUGCCUCUGGACUCCUAGCCCUGCCCUAACAAAAAGAUUUUGUUUCUAGGCAAUUGCUGCCCCUUUUCUGUUCAUAGUGCUUAUGGGGUUCUUCCAGUAUGGAAUUGGCAGACGUUGUGUAGAGACAGACUGAUAAGUCAGGGAAAAUGUACUAACCAUUAUAAGUCUCCCAAAGCAGAAUAAGUUCUCUCCUUCAGAGGGUGAAAAGAUCUCUCUCACUUUAGGCUAUAGUGCCAUAGAAUCCAGAAAUGGAAAAUAUGUCAGAUCACUUAUUCCAAACCUUUUGUUUUAAAGAUGAGGAAACUGAGCCACAGGGAAAUUAAGUGAUUUGCUAUGCUCACACAGAUAGCUUCAGUCAAGGGUUAAAUUGAAGUCCUCUGUCUCCAGACCCCUUCUAAUCAGCUUGAAUCAAUGGCUUGAGUUGUGGAGAGAUCAGAGCAUCAGAGAUGGAAGAGAUUUGGGAAGCUAUCCAGUCCAAAUAUUCAUUUAACAGAGAUGGAAACUGAGGCACAGAGUGUGAUUUGUCCAAGGGUUCAUAGCUUGUAAAUAUUUGAAGUGGGAUUAGAACCCAGGUCCUCCUGCCUCCAAGUCUAAUGUCUGGCCCAUUAUAACACUCUGUCUCACAAAGUGAUUCUUGUUCAGCCAAGGAUGGUCCCUGAAAUACCUUCUAAUUAUAAGAGUCUGUGGUCUGUCUGAAAAGUCCUCCUUCCUCAUCUUGGAAGAAGAUGAGGCUUCCAGCUCACAUGCCAGUCAUCAUUUGAAACUUUUCCUGAUCUCAAGUUGUUACUGUUCUCUCCUUCAUCAAAUUUUCAUGCCUAUAUUUAUCUGUAUACAAACUAUGCCCUUCUCAACCCACAGUAAAAUAUGUCCCUCCACAAUAAAAUGUUGCCCACAUUCAGAGAAUAUCUUGGUUUUGACUUUAUAACCCCAUGGCCUGGCUUAAUACCUUGCCCACAGUAGACACUUAAUAAAUGCCCACUGUAUUUGAUUGGGUUAGAUGAUUUUCAAAGGUCAUCUAGAACCUGUAGUAAUGGGCUGAUGACAUUGUUCCUGGACCAAUGUUCCAAAAUAGGGUACUAACCUUCUUCUAGAGCUCAAAAGCAGGCCUUUUAAGAAUGCCUCCUCUGGAAACAAAAGGGAUAUUAAUAAAUGUUGAGGUAAAUUUGGAAAGCAGACUACAUUCAGAAGGGAUUCGAACCCAUUCCCAUUACUCACUUAGUUUUCCACACAUGAUAAGAUAUACUAUAUCCAUGUAUAUCCUAUUGCUGGAAAAUAGGAAAUCCAUUUCGGGGUCUAAGCAGCUUAAACAUAAGCAUGUGUUUUUCCAGCCCUGGAAAAUCUGUUUCUUGCAUUUCUUGAGAAUGUAAGUCCCUUCCUGAAUCCUCCCCCUCCCCUGCCUUUUAAAAAUUGUUUUUCUUAUGGUGGGAUUUGAGGUAACUAGUGAGGAAGACUUCAAAAGUUCUGGAUAAGUUCUACGUGCAAACUGAGCUAUUGCUAGGCUUUGAGUCCUUAAUUGACGGGAGACUCAAAGAGCAGAAGGAAACUGACAACCUGUUACUCUGUCCACACAUUGCUUGAAAGACCCCAGUCCAAGGACGAUAGCCAUAAGGAUUCUCUUCAACAUUCGUGAGUGAAAGAAGGGCUAUGCCAGCUUCUCAAAACCCAAAUGAUCAUUUGCAAAGGAGCAGAGUAAGCAAACUGGUUCAGCCCUCUCUGCUCCUUAGAAAAAGAAGUCCUAAUAGAAGUGGUGGCCUUUAGGAUUCUCUUCCUAAAAAGCAUGAGUCAUAUGCUGAGAAACUAUUCAUCCAUAGUGUGAACUGUGGUCAGAGAGGGUCUAUUUCCAGUGGGAAAAGUAGAUGUAUUAGAUCACACCCAUGCAGCAUCAUUGUAACCAUGGAAUAUUGUUCCUGUAUAGGUAUAAUAUUGUUAAACAGGCUUUCUUUGAAAUAGUUCACUGAAACCAUUAUGUAAAUAUUAAUUGUCUUGUAUCAAUGUUGAAAUGGCUCCUUUUGAUGUAGUUUCCCACGAAGUUUUAUUCUAGUGCCUAUUGCUUAGAUCCAUGAUAUUAAAAGGUAAAACAAAUAUUUUCAUCUGAUAUUCGUUCCCAUCUUUUAAAAAGCUUCCAAAAUAAUGUAAAUGUUACUACGCUACCCAUUGCUCUCUCUCAUUUAAUUCCUCUGUUUCACUUCAAAAAAAUGUAAUAUAAUUGUAAUACUUCCAAUCAUGUUUGUAAAGAAAUCCUGGGUUAAAUUAUAAUAUUAAAGUAUACCUUCAUUUUGAAUUUCACUGUAUUUAUUUGAAGAUUUUAUUUGAAAAAUUGUUGUAUUGGUCAAGGUUAUGCUAGCAAAACACCACCAAGUAAAUAAAACAACUGGUGGCUUCAAACCAGUGGUUCAAUCUGAAAAGAAAAUGUGAAGUGUAAACAAUAGAUUUAUUAUGAUUGACUUGUUUCAUAUUGUUUGAAGAAGGAAAGACUCGAUUCCUUUAAAAGACAAAAUCAGUCAGCAAGGUGGAAUAAUGAUAAAACUAGGACCUUUGUUAUCCAGCUCACUGAAGACAAAGAAGUCCUUUUCAGAAGUCUCUAUUUUUGAGGAGAAAAGGGAAGCUGAGUCCAAACAAAAGGAGACAUAUCUAUGAAUUCAGUAGUCCGUCAAUAUACCAUAUGUGACUAACCUCUUUGUAUUGAACAUUUGAAAUUUCAUUUCUUCUUAUAUUUUACCCAGAACUUUGUCACUAGCAAUUUGGACCAUAAAACUCUAGUUUUAUUUUAUGGCAAUUCAAAAUAAUUUAAAAUAAAUUCAUUUAAAUUUUCUAAA